GGCAAAGAUCAUUGGUUAACAUUAAGACCCCUUGAACACUGUCCAGAUAUACAGGGCAAGGUCAACAUAGAAGUGAGGUUCGAACAAGUCUUGGGGGCUGAUGGUCACAUGUUCCACAGACUAGCAGUCAAGGUGUUACAAAGUAAAGACUUGUUGGAAACCAAUGGAAUCUGUAACCCAUAUGCAGUAGUCAGGCUCUCCUAUAACAAUUCACAGACAAAGGAUGAUGUACACAGAACUUCAAUCAAGAGAAAAACAACUCAUCCAAAGUUUAAUGAAACAUUCAUAUUUGAUAUAGAGAAACAUGCAGGACAGCAGAAUGAUAGGAAACAACAGUUUAUGUACAUAAUAGAAGACCCCUGGGACUCACAACUCAGUGUGAGUCUCUGGCAUGAUGAUUCACGGUUAUCACAAGGGGUCUUUACUAAUCUGUUUCAAGGAGUCUUUCUUGGAGAGAUCAAAAUUCACCUAAAAGAGAUUCAAAACAACAAAUGUCAUAAUGCAUGGUAUUAUCUCCAAAAUAGAGUUUUCGAUGGGCAAGACUCCACAAGUUGUGGAUCAUUACGGGUUAAAAUACACUACACAGUGGACCAUGUAUUCCCUCCAAAUUAUUAUGAUAAUUUACUACAGCUUCUUUGUCUCUCUCAUCAAGUUGAGCCAAUCAGCUCAAGUGCAGCAAAUAUUCUUGGUCAAAUAGCGCCAAAUAUGGAAGACGCAGCACAACCUCUAGUCAAAAUAUUCUUGUGCAAUGGAAAUAUAGUGCAAUUUAUUCAACAAUUGGUGAAAUGGGAAAUCGCAAAUACAGUGGAUGUUAAUACAUUAUUCAGAGGCAAUACGUUGUUAAGUAAAUGUAUUGAUGAACUCAUGAAGCUACUAGGACAGGACUAUCUAUUGGAUACACUUCAACCAAUCAUAUCAGAGAUUGAGACAGGUCAGAAAGACUGUGAAAUAGACCCAACUAGAUUACCAGAUAUGACUGAUCCACAUGAAAACAUGGAGAAUUUAGAAUACUAUGUAAGCCAUAUAUUAGAUAGCAUCACUCAGUCCAGCCUAUCUUGCCCAGUCCUUAUGUGUAGUGUAUUUGAAGUUUUAAAGGACAGUGCUUUAGAGGCUUUUUCAGACAAGUCUUGUGUAAGGUACCAGGUUGUCAGUGGUUUCAUAUUCCUAAGGUUCUUUGCUCCAGCCAUCCUUGGACCACGUCUCUUUAAACUAUGCUCAAAUAAUCCAAGUGCAAUAGCUCAGCGUAAUCUCCUGCUUAUCUCCAAAACAAUACAGUCCCUUGGCAACUAUGUUGGUGCUCAAAACCCUGUGUUCAGCUACAAGGAAGAAUACAUGGUUCCCCUUUUUACUUACUUCACAGAAUCCAGAUAUGUGAACCUCUUGAAACAGUACCUUGAUGAGAUUUCAACAAACAGGCUCAAUUAUGUACAAGACUCAAAUCUACUACUUAUGGAGGGUAUGAUGCACAAACGCAACCAGCACAAAAACAUGCUGUUUCCAUCCCAUAAUUUCCAGAAAAGACAUUUUACGCUUUCAAUGAAAUGUCUGGCUCAUUCAAAAAAUAAAGGUGAUGUACCUUCAUCAGAACUGCCCAUGUCUGAGAUAUUAGCAGCAGAGAGUGUGGACUAUAGCACCUUUAACAUGCAUAAUGUUAUACAAGUGAUCCAGCCAGAGAACAUACUCUAUAUACAGGCAGCCUCAAAGAGAGAAGAAUCACAAUGGUUGUCUAUUCUCACUAAGAUGUCAAACUCUAACAUGAGAGAGGAUAAACCAACGCACUACCACAGUGGAGUGUAUAUAAAUAACCAUUGGACUUGUUGCAUGGAUGAGCAAGUAAAGUGUCCAGGUUGUAAAAGGACCACAUCUGGACUGUCUCAGAGUAUAUGUGACUAUAUCCACCAAGGCUUAGAACUAGAGAAAAUCCACACAUUGUUCCUACAGAAUAUCAACCAACUGGAACUCCUGCAAGAUGCAUGUGCUGUCCAGGAAGUUUAUAUGGGUGAUAACAUGAUUAGUCCACCUUCCCCAAUAGAAGACACAAGGACCUGCUUUCUAACUGUGUCUCGGAUCUUAGACUGCAUAGUCACCUUAGAGCAAGAACACCAAAGAUAUAGAAAGACAGUAAAUAGGACUGUUAUAUACGGAUCAGAGGAGUUCCCAUUUGAUGGACCAACUAAUCGGAAUUUGCCACAAAGAUAAUGAAGACCUGCUUGUUACAGCAGCAGUGGUUCAACGGAUUAAUCUACUUGAUACAGUUACACAUUUGAAGGAGGACACAUUUGUUAAGUGACAUACAUAUGUAUAAAAUGACACAUUUGUAUUUGACACAUGUGUAAAGUGACACAUUUGUAUUUGACACAUGUGU